UCCACCAGCAGCAUCACCCACACCUGACAGACUGUAUCUUCCAGCUGUAGAAUCAACUAUUUUUUUUUGAGUGUUUUAUUUCAAUGCUGUAAAAAAAAUCAUCUGUGAAUGAAAGUGUGGCACCAUGUCGGAAUUAAAUAUGGUGGCACUCCUGCUGUCUUUCCUGGCUUCAGUGGCUCUGGGCCAAGGAUCGCUGAGGAGCAGGAGAGUGGCCAUGAACACGUUCACUGACACACAGACAACAGGCGUGACAGAGUGGACGUCUUGGUUCAACAUCGACCAUCCUGGGGGGAACGGAGACUAUGAGCGCCUGGAGGCUAUUCGUUUCUAUUACAGAGAGAGAGUUUGUGCAAGGCCCACAGCCAUGGAGGCUCGGACAACAGACUGGGUGGCAGCAGCAGACACAGGGGAGGUGGUCCACUCCAGUCUGGAGAAGGGCUUCUGGUGCAUCAACAAGGAACAGCCCCAUGGCCACAUCUGCUCCAACUACCAUGUCCGCUUUCAGUGUCCCCCAGUGCAGAGUUAUUGGACUGACUGGAGUGAGUGGGGUCCUUGUUCAACCAUGAUUUGUAACGAUGUGGGCAUCCAGGUCCGCCAGAGGAAAUGCAUGAGCACCCAGCCCAUGCCUCUCCUGUUGGUACCGGCAUGCCAGGGCCACCAUUCAGAAAGGAGGGAGUGCUCCGCCCCUCCAUGUACAGCUGAGUGGAGUUCAUGGGGUCGUUGGGGGACAUGUUCAGUGACCUGCGGUGGAGGUCGCAGGAUUAGGAGGAGGACCUGUGUGCGAACCUCAGAGACAGUGCAGUGUACUGGACGGCCUGCAGAAAUACAGAAGUGUGGGAGGAGUCCAUGCCCAGUCAAAUGUCAGCAUGUGUGCACUGAGGGCCGCCCCAGUGAGGACUGCAGCCGUUGUGUGUGUGAUGGCCACCUGCUACAUGGUGAUGUCUACACCGUGACUGGUGUCCCCGUGGUGGGAGCCUUGGUGGCACUGGCCAGCCAACCCAAGGUCAUCCGUGCCCGAACAGAUGCUAAAGGCCAGUUCAAGCUACUGGGAAUCUGCUCCUCCAGCUCCACUUUGAUCAUCAUCAGGAAGGAGAAGUUUGCCCCGAUCACUGUUUCCACCUCGAGUAACACCACAGGGUUAUCCUGGAUACGAGCCGCCCUCAAAUCAGCGGAGAAGCCGUACAUUGUAAAGCACCCAGAAGACAAGGUGCGUUAUGAGGGAGGUAGAGUGCUGUUGUGCUGCAAGGCAACGGGAUCGCCGACACCUGACAAAUACUACUGGUACCACAAUGGGACUCUGCUGGACAGGAAGUUGUACAAGUAUGAAGAGGACCUUGUACUACGGGAACUGAAGCUGGAGCAGUCAGGACAAUACUACUGCAAAACCAGCAGUCCCGCAGGCAGCGUCAAGUCCUCUCCAGCUGUCCUCACUGUGAUAGCAAAAGGAACACCCGCAUGCAAUUCUGCCCCUGAGAAUCACCUCAUCAGACUGCCGAUGGACUGUGUUCAAUCUGGGACAGACUCCAAGUACUACAAUGCCGGCCGCUGCCCUCACAACAAAUGUGCUGGCUCCCUAGACUUUGAUAUGCGCUGCAAAGAUGGAGCUGGGUUCUGCUGUGGGGUCCAAAAUAUGGAAAGUCGAACCAUUGACUGUGGGAGCUACAGCCUUCCUAUCCGGGCUGUGACACAGUGCAGCUGCCAGAAGUGUGUGCAGCCAACUGUGCUGGUUCGUGGCAGAGUGGUCACAGCUGACAAUGAUGAGCCUUUGCGUUUUGGACACAUCUACAUUGGUAAAGAGAGGGUGGGCACCACUGGAUACCAAGGAGGCUUCACAUUACAAAUUACUCCUGACACAAAGAGAUUAGUGGUAAAUUUUGUUGACCCCACUGAGAAGUUUCUUGACACUCCAAAGGUGUUCAUCUUUGACAAGAAGGGUGGAUCCAUCUACCAUGAUGUAAAAGUAAUGAGAAAGCAGACGCCCAUUGAUAUUAAUGCAGGAGAGACCAACUCUAUUAACCUGGGUGAAAUUAAAGGGGAAGACCCAAUAGGGCAGUUGGUUAUUCCUGCCAAUUCCUUCCAUAAGGACAAUGGAGAAGUCUAUGAAGGAACUGUGAAAGCCAGCGUCACAUUCAUUGACCCAAGAAAUAUCACCACGGCUGCUGCAACCCCUGGCGACCUCAACUUUGUGGAUGAGGAGGGUGAUAUGCUCCCUUUGAGGACCUAUGGCAUGUUCUCUGUUGACUUCAGAGAUGAGACCAACAAGGAGGUACUUGGAGCUGGAGCAGUCCAAGUCCUUCUUGACACACAGCACGUCAAAAUGCAAGAGCACAUUUCCAAAAUGAAACUGUGGUCUUUAAACCCAGACACAGGGGUCUGGGAAGAGGAAAGUGACUUCUCCUACACCACAACAACCGCUGGUGGUCAUGGAAGAAGCAAACGAGAGGAGCGCACAUUCCUCAUAGGCAACAUGGAGAUCAGAGAACGCAGACUCUUCAAUUUGGAUGUUCCUGAAAACAGACGCUGUUAUGUCAAAGUUCGUGCCUACAUGAGUGACAAGUUCCUUCCUAAUGAACAGCUGGAAGGUGUUGUGAUUAGCUUAAUAAACCUGGAACCCAAGCCUGGGUAUUCGGCUAAUCCCAGGGCAUGGGGUCGCUUUGACAGUGUCAUAACUGGCCCUAAUGGGGCCUGUUUACCAGCUUUCUGUGACUCCCAGAGGCCUGAUGCUUACACAGCUUAUGUCACAGCAAUGAUGGGUGGGGAAGAACUGGAGGCAGCUCCUUCCUCCCCAAAGAUGAAUCCAAACAUCAUUGGAGUGUCUCAGCCAUAUCUGGACAAAAUAGACUACCAGCGUUCCGACCACGAGGAUCCAGCUCUGAAGAAAACAGCCUUCAGAAUUAACUUGGCAAAGCCUAACCAAAAUAAUUUUGAUGAGACCAAUGGGCCAAUAUAUCCGUAUCAGAAUUUAAUAUCCUGCGAAAAUGCCCCUGUUGAUGCAAAUCAUUUCAGAUUCUUCAGAGUGGAAAAAGACAAGUAUGAAUACAAUGUUGUACCCUUUGAGGAGAAUGAUUUGACGACCUGGACAGGGGACUACCUCUCUUGGUGGCCUAAUCCGCAAGAGUUCAGAGCAUGCUUCAUCAAGGUCAAGAUCCAUGGACAGAAGGAAGUGAUGAUCAGGUCCAGGAAUCUGGGAGGGACACACCGAGAGACAAAAGGCAAACUUUAUGGCAUUAGAGACAUACGCAGCACCCGGGAUAUGCAAGAGACCAACACUUCAGCAGCCUGUGUGGAGUUCAAAUGCAGUGGCAUGUUGUUUGAUCAAGCUGAGGUGGACAGAUCCAUCAUAUCAAUCCUUCCACAGGGAAACUGUCGCAGGAUCAACACCAACAAACUCCUACAAGAGUAUCUCAUCAAACAUCCACCAGUCGCUCAAAACAACGAGUCCCAUGCAUUCACCAUGUUAGCUCCUGUGGAUCCUUUAGGACACAACUAUGGCAUCUACACAGUCACAGACCAAAGUCCCCGGCACGCCAAGGAAAUCGCUAUUGGGCGCUGCUUUGAUGGUACUUCAGAUGGUUUCUCCAGAGAGAUGAAGUCAGACUCUGGAGUUGCGUUGACCUUCAGCUGUCCAGAGAGAAAGAUUAGCAGAGAAAGCCUCUUCCAGCGCCUGCAGACUAGCCCGGGUCAGACGCUGUCUCAGAUGGCAAGGGACAUGAGAGAGUUGGAAGGCCUACAAGUGCAGAGAUCAUCCACCCAGGUGGUGGCCUAUCCUUCAGAGCAGCAGGGCAGGACCCAGAGUCGUAGAGUCAGCUCUUCAACCAGGAGGAGAGUGUCCAUGCGCAUACAGCAACGCCAAUAAAUACAACAGGAGAUCUAAAGUCAAGACUAAUAUGACGGCAUCACUUCGAGGAAGUAAAAGUUGUCUGUUGAUGAGUAUGAACUUUGUUCAGACAGCAAUUCAGUAAAAUGUGAUUGAAGAUAUUCAUUAUUCUUAUACUUACUUGAAGGGUUUGGUAUAUUCAUUUCUUCCUUCCCUCCUGAAAGACAUGCAUCAUUUGCCUAUAUGAAAUGCAGUGACAUGCAUGUAUUUAAUUGGCUUUGGUCUAAUUUUAUGAAUGAAAAGACUAAAUUGACGUUUGAGAACGUAGCUUUUAUAGAUCUAAUUUGUGGCAUUCCAUGGUGGGUGUUUCUGCUGAUGUAUCUCAAUGCUCGAGUUAAAACCCAAACUUUAAGAAACUGUAAAUAUUAAUCCAGACCCGAACACUUCAUAAAUGGCCAUUGAUUUCCAUCAAACUUUUCUGAGAGAAAGAGCAACAGACACUAAGCCCUUUUUCUACAAAUGGACAAACUCUCUCUACCAAGGGGAGAGACAUUGGAUGCAGUGGGGUGAGGCAUGCCACUCAGGAAACAGAGGAUGUUUUCAGUCAUGCUUCUUAAUGUUUUUCAAUAGCAUGCCAAAUGCCAACUGAUUCAGCCACACAUCCUUCCACUCCACACUUCCACUUAGAAUGUGCAAGACCAAGACCUUUGGCAAAACAAGCAACUAUCUCACUAGUAGCAGACACCCUAAAAAGUGGAUAAUUGAUUGUGUGGCAUGACAUAAUUUCCUUUUGUCUUAUGCACAUUCCAAAGAAGCACAUCCACAAACAAAAUGAUACUCAAAAUUAUGUAUUCCCAUAUAUCUCACUUUCUCAGAUACUGUUAAAGAGGCUCAUUCAAUGUCUAAAUGUGCGUUGUUUUUGUUGUUGGGCAUGUGGGUGAUCUGCCUUUGUAUCUUCAAGUGCAAUAAGUAAGUAGUAUAAUUUAACUUGAUAAAUCUACUUUCAAACUAGUACAGUUCAUAAAAAAUGCUGCUCGUGAAUGAAGCAACAACUCUUUCACUACAUGUGGCAGGUAGUGUGUUCAAGGUGCUUGUAUGAGAUCUUGCACAGGACUUAUUUCAAGUGAUUUUCAGCAAAUAAUUUAACUGCUAUGUAAUCGUUCUUCAGCUCUCUGAACUUUGCAGAAUCUAUUAACCUUUUCAUACUUUGCUGCAUGACUCAGUUGAUUUUAACAUUUGUACAACACAGUAAUCUUUUCAACUUCAGAGAGCAAUCUUGUUAGUGGGAGUUCAAAUUCUCAGCGGAGCUUUUUCCUCAUUAACAAAACCCACUGCAUGAUUCUUACACGUGAGAGUGAUAAUUAAAAAGUGACACACUUAUGAAUUUACUGGCCACAUUUUCAGAGACACUGUCAAUUGUGACUGUAGAUGUGACAAAAUAAAUAAAUGUAAAGUAUACAUCUUGAUAGAUAUCUAGACAAAUGGAUUAAUAGGCUAUUAGAUUGAAAAAUAUCAGGCUAUUUUAAUUGAAUUCAGCAAAAAACUUCACUCUGUGAUAAAAGCUCCAAACUUGUUUAUCUGCAAAAUGGGAAGUUGCAGACCCAUAGGAGAAGCUCUUCAAGCCGAACUAAUCCAAAACCAAAUAAGUGGGACUGUGGUCCAUAGAGAAACCGGGAGAAGCUGACAAGUAAAUAUAAGUCUGCAGUUAAUUAGAAAAUAAAUCACAUAUUCACUUGGGAACCAUUAAAACAGUUUGACCCAGACUUAACAAACAUCCAAACAAGUUAAUUUCCAGGAUACAAAGGAUGAAGUUAAAUCAUUAACACUGUACUGGGCCCAAGCGGAUUAUGGUCUAACAUAUUUACCAUCACCCAGCCCACUGUACAGUUAAUUCUUGAGGGUGUUUCCGCCUCGAUCAAUUUAAGCCUGAUUAUAUUUUUAUUCCUAAUGUGCAACUGAUUUAUUAUUCAGUGUGUAAAAGGUGCCAGUACGAAGUUGUGUAAAUGAAAACCAUAUAUUGUAACCUUACUCUUGUACUUGGCUCAAAUUCGAAGAACAAUCCCUUUCCAUUAUGUAUUAUGAGCAGCACACUCUAGAAAAACAUUAAGUACAGAGAAUAGAGUGACAACUUGUGAUAUCUUCUCCAUUAUCACUAACCACAGGCCUAUGGGCCAUCCGCUCAGAUGUCCAGAUCAAAACAAACUUCUCCCAGCAGUAGAAGUAGCAUUCACCCCUCACGGAAGAUGAUAAUUGAAUCCAUGUGCGGGAAGAGAUAAGUCAACAUCUGUAGAACAACUGGGAUAAAUGUUAAAUCAAAGACAUCAAGAUAAAUAGGAGUGAGAUUAUCUGGUGAUGUUAAUCAUUUUUGGGGAACUGUUUGGUAAAGGUAAAAAAGUAAGGGAAAAUAUUUGUGGUCUUUGGCCUCACAGUCCAUCACUUACAGAAUCUCAGGCUUGGAAAGUGGUUGCAUAUGGAAGAAAGUAGUUUUCAGAGAACGCUUUGACAGGAGAACUGGCUUAUUCAUGAGAAGAAGUUAUCAGAGGAGUUUGAAGGACAAGGUAACAAUAAUAGCCAGAGUAAACCAUUAUGUAAGGCUUUGCAUGGGAAAGUAAGUCGGGCUCUCCAAAAGUUACUUUGUCUUCUGGGGAAUUUCAAAGGAGAUUAAAGGACUUGUGCAAUGUUUGGUUUAAUGACUCAAGAAAAAGUUUCCACAGUGUUUAGGAUCAAAUGAAGGGAGUUUAAGUCUGAAUCAAACCGAUAAAACACACAGUAAAGAUUCAUUUUUAAUGAAAAGAACGUGUUUAUCUCACUGAAUCUCAGUGGGAAUGGCAGUAUUGGUAAUAAAGCUUUAAUUUCACUGGGAGUCAUAAAAUGUUAAUCUCAAAAUUAUGGGUUACUGGAGGUUUAUGGGUAUUUUGUUUCCAUUUUUUAAAGGAAUAGUUUGACAUUUUGGGAAAAAGGCUGAGAUAAGAAGACUGAUAGCACUCUAAUGUCUGAGAAUGGUAUCAAUCUUCUCACCUAACGCUUGGCAAGAAAGUGAAUAUGUGUAGUUCCCAAAAUUUCAAAUUAUUAAUGAAUAUAGUAAACUAUUGUUACAAUAGUAGCCGUACUGAAGUCUUGAGUGCUUGACGUUUGGUAUACAAGGGUAUCUUCAUCCCCUUGAAUUUACUGGAUAACUUGGUUUGUUUUUGUAACUAUUAGAAUUAAAGGAAUCUGAGAAGUUAGUUCUCCUCCAAAUACUUCACCAGAUUUUUCUAAUUUUUCUGUCACAGAAUUGCAUUGAAUACACAUAAUACAAACCGCUACUAUUAAUCUUCAGGGCAGAAAAGUACAAGACUCUUAAUUCACCAGAAAACACCAAAAAUUUAAAUACUGUAGUAACCCUAGUAGUAUGAAAAGAUUCAUCAAUUUUCUCUUCUGUAUAGUCCAGUCGGUCUCAGAGAGAUCAUAAUUUAUUCAGGAGGUCAUCCUUGAACCUUUCCACCACUUUCUGGAGUAUGUGAAGAGAGUUGUAUAUAUGCCACUGUGCUGCAGGAAGCCAUCCUGAGCUCCAGUAAACAAAUCACAUAAAUUAACUCCUGAUGAUGCUCUGUCAGCGCUUAAAUAGCAUUAACUAUUGCAUGGUGAUGUCAAUCUCUUUGUUUCUAAGUUUUUUGUGUAAAUUGUGUAUUGUAUAAAAUCCAC